GGGGCUCUGGAAGGAGCAAAAUCACACCCAGAGCCUGCAGCUUCUCAGAUUUCCUUAAAGGUUUUGUGUGCGCGCGCGUGUGUGUGUGUGUGUGUGUGUUCUCUAAAAGUCCUAUGGCCAGACUUUGUUUCCCAAGGGUCAUAUGACUGCUCCUCUCCACCCCACACUGGCCCGGGGCGGGCUGGGCGCGGGCCCCUGCGGGUGUUGCAACGCCCGGCCAGAAAGUGGGCAUCAGCUGUUCCGCCUGGCCCACGUGACCCGCCGAGCAUAAAUGUGACCGGCCGCGGCUCCGGCACAGUCAACGCCUGCCUCCUCUCGAGCGUCCUCAGCGCAGCCGCCGCCCGCGGAGCCAGCACGAACGAGCCCAGCACCGGCCGGAUGGAGCGUCCGCAACCCGACAGCAUGCCCCAGGAUUUGUCAGAGGCCCUGAAGGAGGCCACCAAGGAGGUGCACACCCAGGCAGAGAAUGCUGAGUUCAUGAGGAACUUUCAGAAGGGCCAGGUGACCCGAGACGGCUUCAAGCUGGUGAUGGCCUCCCUGUACCACAUCUAUGUGGCCCUGGAGGAGGAGAUUGAGCGCAACAAGGAGAGCCCAGUCUUCGCCCCUGUCUACUUCCCAGAAGAGCUGCACCGCAAGGCUGCCCUGGAGCAGGACCUGGCCUUCUGGUACGGGCCCCGCUGGCAGGAGGUCAUCCCCUACACGCCGGCCAUGCAGCGCUAUGUGAAGCGGCUCCACGAGGUGGGGCGCACAGAGCCCGAGCUGCUGGUGGCCCACGCCUACACCCGCUACCUGGGUGACCUGUCUGGGGGCCAGGUGCUCAAGAAGAUUGCCCAGAAAGCCCUGGACCUGCCCAGCUCUGGCGAGGGCCUGGCGUUCUUCACCUUCCCCAACAUUGCCAGUGCCACCAAGUUCAAGCAGCUCUACCGCUCCCGCAUGAACUCCCUGGAGAUGACUCCCGCAGUCAGGCAGAGGGUGAUAGAAGAGGCCAAGACUGCGUUCCUGCUCAACAUCCAGCUCUUUGAGGAGUUGCAGGAGCUGCUGACCCAUGACACCAAGGACCAGAGCCCCUCACGGGCACCAGGGCUUCGCCAGCGGGCCAGCAACAAAGUGCAAGAUUCUGCCCCCGUGGAGACUCCCAGAGGGAAGCCCCCACUCAACACCCGCUCCCAGGCUCCGCUUCUCCGAUGGGUCCUUACACUCAGCUUUCUGGUGGCGACAGUUGCUGUAGGGCUUUAUGCCAUGUGAAUGCAGGCAUGCUGGCUCCCAGGGCCAUGAACUUUGUCCGGUGGAAGGCCUUCUUUCUAGAGAGGGAAUUCUCUUGGCUGGCUUCCUUACCGUAGGCACUGGAGGCUUUCAGGGCCUCCAGCCCUCUCACUGUGUCCCUCUCUCUGGAAAGGAGGAGGAGCCUAUGGCGUCUUCCCCAACGAAAAGCACAUCCAGGCAAUGGCCUAAACUUCAGAGGGGGCGAAGGGAUCAGCCCUGCCCUUCAGCAUCCUCAGUUCCUGCCGCAGAGCCUGGAAGACACCCUAAUGUGGCAGCUGUCUCAAACCUCCAAAAGCCCUGAGUUUCAAGUAUCCUUGUUGACACGGCCAUGACCACUUUCCCCGUGGGCCAUGGCAAUUUUUACACAAACCUGAAAAGAUGUUGUGUCUUGUGUUUUUGUCUUAUUUUUGUUGGAGCCACUCUGUUCCUGGCUCAGCCUCAAAUGCAGUAUUUUUGUUGUGUUCUGUUGUUUUUAUAGCAGGGUUGGGGUGGUUUUUGAGCCAUGCGUGGGUGGGGAGGGAGGUGUUUAACGGCACUGUGGCCUUGGUCUGACUUUUGUGUGAAAUAAUAAACAACAUUGUCUGAUAGUAACUUGAA